AUCCAUUAAUUUUUGAUUAUAGCUGGGUUUCUUUACAUAUUAUACAGUGGCGAUGGGAGAGGUAAAUCCUUCAGGACCGGUACCAAUCGACAGCGUUUUCAUUUACAGACCGGACAAACGUCUCGAGCUCUGGAGGUUUGCAUUUUAUAUGUUUCUUCAUGCUGGAUGGCUUCACCUAUUAUUUAACUUGGGAGUACAAGUGGUUGUUGGACUUCCCCUGGAAAUGGUUCAUGGAAGUCUGAGGAUCGCGGCUGUUUACAUGGCUGGAGUUCUUGCCGGUAAAUAAUCAUUACUUAUUACAAAUUUCUACAUUUUAUUUACAAAGCUAAUAUAAUUUCCCG